AAUCUCAAUAACAAAGACGAGAUUAGGGUGUAGACUUGUCCGUUCCCAUUAACAUGCAGAAGAGAGCUUUGAGCUAGUCAGUUAUUUACUAAACUUGCCUGGCUUUACAGUGAAUGAACUUCACUUGGAUCUAGCUAGUAUGUUUAUAAAGGGAAAAUUAGUGUUUUUCAGAAGUAUAAUCUUGUCUUGAAUGUUUAGAUUGAACCUUGAAGCAUUAGCGGUAAUAACUAGUAUAACUACAACACAAGCAUGCACUGGCAUGUCAAACUUACUCUCCCACUGUCUCCUCCCUCUUUGGCUCUGUUUAUAAAGCCCACAGUUGUCCGCUGCUCUUGUGUUUGUCCUGAAAGGACUCUGUCAUCAUGUGGACGACUCUCGUGAAGUUAGACCUGACCUCUGUAGGUCUGGCUCUGUUUUUGGGCUUGAUCUUUCUGGUUCUGUUUGAGAUCUUCAGGAUUAAUUCCUACAAAGGUCAAACUCCUCCUGGUCCCAGACCUCUGCCUUUUGUGGGUACCAUACCACAAUUUUUAAAGAACCCAAUGGAGUUCCUGAGAUCAAUGCCUCAGUAUGGAGAGAUGACCACUUUGUAUCUCGGGAGGAAGCCAGCGAUACUCCUCAACACAAUCCAGGUCACGAAGGAAGCCCUGGUCCAAAAUGGUUCAUCUUUUUCAGGAAGGCCGCCUGUACCAGUUUUAAACUGGAUUACUAAUGGAUAUGGUAUAAUAAUGGUCACGUUUGGUCACGCCUGGAGGCAGCAGAGACGGUUUGCUCUGCACACGCUCAGGAACUUUGGCCUUGGAAGGAAGUCUGUGGAGGAACGCGUGACAGAGGAAAGCAGUUACCUGCUUUCUGAAAUGCUCAAAUCAGAAGGCAAGCCUUUCGACCCUCAACAUGCAAUAUACAAUGCUGUUUCCAACAUUAUCUGUUCCAUCGUGUUUGGGGAUCGGUUCGACUAUGAUAACAAGCGCUUCGCAUACCUUCUGGAAAUCCUGAAGGAGAACGUCAAUCGUACAGGAUCACUUGUUGGGCAGGUGUUUAACUUGCUUCCCAUCAUCAAAUAUUUCCCAGGGCCACACCAGAAAAUCUAUCAGAAUGGCGAAGAGUUGAAGGAUUUCUUCAGGGAAGCGGUCAAAGCACACCGAGAAACUCUGGAUCCAGACAGUCCUCGAGACUACAUUGAUGCCUACCUGCUGGAGAUUGAGAAACAAAAGUCCAUCGAGGACUCUACGUUUCAUGAGGAGAACAUGGUUAUGUCAGUAGCUGAUUUGUUCCUGGCUGGAACCGACACCACAUCGACCACCAUCAGAUGGGGGCUCAUCUACUUGACACAAAACCCAGAUGUACAAGAGCGAUGUCAUGAGGAGAUUGUUCGGGUACUGGGUUACGACCGCAUGCCCAGCAUGGAUGACCGUGACAAACUACCGUACACCAACGCCACUGUUCAUGAGUUUCAGCGCUUUGGCAACAUUGUACCCACUAACCUGAUGCAUGAAACAACUCAGCCCACAAAACUACGAGGAUACGACAUUCCCAAGGGCACCGAGAUACUGACCAACUUAACAGCAAUUUUAACUAAUAAGGAGCACUGGAAGUAUCCAGACACUUUUAACCCAGAGAAUUUCUUAGACGAUAACGGACAUUUCUUCAAACCAGAGUCUUUCAUCCCUUUCUCCUUGGGUCCGAGGGUGUGUCUCGGUGAGACCCUGGCGAAGAUGGAGCUCUUCGUCUUCAUCACUUCUCUCUUGCAGCGGAUUCGUUUCUCCUGGCCACCUGGUGUGCAGAAGCCAGACAUGAAUGGGAUUGUCAGUUUGGUCCGCUCUCCUGAGCCAUACGACAUCAUCUGCCACAGCAGAGGCUCCUAAGAUUGACCAUCAGUAAUCUUUCUGACAUUAAAGAGAUAGUUCACCCAAAAAUGAAAAUUAUCGCAUGAUUUACUCACCCUCAAGACAUCCUAGGUGUAUAUGAUUAUCUUCUUUCAGAUGAACACAAUCAGAGUUGUAUUAAAAAAUAUCCUUGCUCUUUCAGGCUUUAUAAUGGUAGUGAACGGGGCGUGAGAUUUUGAAACCCCAAAUAAAUGCAUCCAUCCAUCAUAAAAAUAAUCCAUACGGCUCAAGAGAGUUAAUAACGGCCUUCUGAAACAAAGCGAUGUUUUUUUUGUAAGAAAAAAUAUAUACAUAUUUAAAACAUUAAAAACUAAAAUAACUAGCUUUCUGCAGACGGCCUACACAAGCCGACUUGUGUCACAAGAGUAACCCGUGGCGCGAUGUAUGACGCAUAAUGUAGGAGUAUCUCGCGGUUCAAACAAAUAUGGCUCAAGCUCCUCUUCUCUUGUAUCGAAAUCCUCUGACAUUUCUCUUUAACAUUUCUCAUUUUAGACUUCUAAUUCGUGACCAGUGUUUUGUUUUGCUCUAUCCUCUGUGCUUCCGCAUUCGUUCGUCAGUAAGUCAUGAGGUUAUUUAAUUCUUCAGAGGUUACUCUUCCACUGUAAGUCGAUUUGUGUAGGCCAUCUGCUGGAAGCUAGUUAUUAUAGUUUAUAAAGUUUUAAAGGGGACCUAUUAUGCCCCUUUUACAAGAUGUAAUAUAAGUCUCUGGUGUCCCCAGAAUGUGUCUGUGAAGUUUCAGCUCAAAAUACCCCACAGAUCAUUUAUUAUAGCUUGUCAAAUUUGCCCCUAUUUGGGUGUGAGCAAAAACACACCAUUUUUGUGUGUGUCCCUUUAAAUGCAAAUGAGCUGCUGCUCCCAGCCACUUUCCAGAAGAGGGCGGAGCUUUAACAGCUCACGCUUCGGUUGCUCAACAACAACAAAGCUGGAGAAUCUCACGCAGCCAAAAUGAGGAUUGUCAGUAACUGUUCAUCCUUACAUUUGUUGCGUGUUCUCAGGGCUGGGGUUUAUGUAAAUUUUAGGAUUAGUGAUGUCACUAACCCGGGAAGAAGCGUUUGUCGUCCUUAAACAGAGAAAAUAUCUCCCUAUGCAUUGAACUUUGAGCGUCGUAACUUUGCAGAUGUAUGCUCAAACAGCAACAUUACACACUAACUAAAGUUAAAAAAGUGAAAUCAUAAUCAAAGACCCCUUUAAAUAUGGAUAUUUUUCUUACAAAAACCCAUCGCUUCGCUUCAGAAGGCCUUUAUUAAUUCCCUGAAGUCAUAUGGAUUACUUUUAUGAUGGAUGAAUGCACUUUUUCAGACUUCAAAAUCUUGAGCCCCAUUAUAAAGCUUGGAAGAGUCAAGAUAUUUUAUAAUAUAACUCUGACUGUUUUAAUCUGAAAGAAGAUAGUCAUUUACACCUAGGAUGGCUUGAGGGUGAGUAAAUCAUGGUAUACUUUCCAUUUUUGGGUGAACUACCCCUUUAAGGGAGUUUCCAAAGCUUUUGUAGCUGUUUUAGACAGCUUUUUUAUCUAAGGAAUUAUAUUUUAGUUUAAUAGUUAUGGUUUUGAAAAAAAGAUGCUGUACUAUUUGUUGUAAAGUGUAGAAUCUGAUAUGACAAUAAAUGACUGCAGUGAUGUAA